AUGGCAUUUGGUUUACCCCCUUCAUGCUUGUCUUUGCCUGAUGUGCUGCAGAACUUCGCUGUUAUGAAUCUCGUGCUGCAGUUGCUGCUGCAGCACGGCUCCGCAGCAGCAGCAGCCCUCCAGGCAGCAGGCGUGCGGGACCGUAUAGAGGCAGACCUCAGCAGCAGCAGCAGCAGCAGCAGCAGCAGCAGUGGGAAUGAAGAGCAGCAGCAGCAGAGUACUGAAUAUGGAGCAACAGGGGCUCUCGGUUUUGUCACGAGAGCAGCAACUGCUGCUACUGCUGCUGCUGCAGGUGAACCGAUUGCAUGCGUUGACUUGGUUGCUUUGCUGCGGCGCAUCCGGGCUGCAUGUCUUUUUGUCUUUGAGCAGCAGCUGCAGCAGCUGUCUCCCCUGGGCUCAGUACCUCUCUGCAGCACGCAGCAGCGGCUGCAGCAGGUGGCUGCUUCACUCGCGCAACACGGGCGGCAGCCUGUACCCACAAAGCAGCAGCAGCAGCAGCAGCAGCAGCAGCAGCAGUGGCUGGCUCUAGUAGAACUACGGAAGCUGCUGGAGGACCCCACACGGAGUAUAUCCGCAUGCGAGAUCAUCAGCACCCAGCUUGCAGAGUCACUCUGUUGUUACCUUCUGGGCGCUAGCAGCAGCAGCAGCAGCAGCAGCAGCAGCAGCGGCAGCAGCAGCAGCAGCGUCGGACACGGCGCCUGCUGCGGAGCCGGCUGCCGCUGCAGCUGCUGCUGGGAGAAGCAGGAACUCCGAGCGUGGCAGCAGCAACUCAUGCUGCAGGAUGCUUUGUAUGUUUUGUCUGUCUUUGCUGCCUACUCCGAUAAAAUAGCAGCAGAACUGCUGCAGCAGCAAACACAAAAUACAGACUUUCAAGAAGCUGUUGAUAAGCUGGUCAAGAGACAGGAGAUGCUGUUGCUAGAGAGCGUGGCGGCGUUGGGUGUAUCUCUGCUCCCUGCCGUUCGCUUUAAGCUGCCGCUGCAGCAGGAACCAAAUGAAGUGCUGCAGGAGACAGCAGCAGCAGCAGCAGCAGCAGCAACAGCAGCAGCAACAGCAGCAGAUGUGCUGACAGUUGAUAUGAACCGAGCGGCUGUCUUCGCAGACUCUCCAGAGCUGCUUGGAAGGGCGCUGCACACACUUGCAGCCCCAAUGCUGCCGCUUAUGGAGUCAUCUGUUACUCGUGACCUCUCCCGCUUCGUUCUGCAGCUGCUGCUAGCUGCUGCUUGUACUGCAGCAAAAGCAAGCAGCAACCAGCAGCAGCUGCAGCAGCAGUUCUUGCUGCACCUAGAUGUCAAAACACUUGGAGAGAUAUGCGCUCACACGCUCAGCAGGGGGCUGCCUGCUGCAGUGCACGGCUCCGCAGCAGCAGCAGCCCUCCAGGCAGCAGGCGUGCGGGACCGUAUAGAGGCAGACCUAGGCAACAGCAGCAGCAGCAGCAGCAGCAGCAGUGGGAGUGAAGAGCAGCAGCAGCCGAGUACUGAGUAUGGAGCAACAGGGGCUCUCGGUUUUGUCACGAGAGCAGCAACUGCUGCUACUGCUGCUGCUGCAGGUGAACCGAUUGCAUGCGUUGACUUGGUUGCUUUGCUGCGGCGCAUCCGGGCUGCAUGUCUUUUUGUCUUUGAGCAGCAGCUGCAGCAGCUGUCUCCCCUGGGCUCAGUACCUCUCUGCAGCACGCAGCAGCGGCUGCAGCAGGUGGCUGCUUCACUCGCGCAACACGGGCGGCAGCCUGUACCCACAAUGCAGCAGCAGCAGCAGCAGCAGCAGCAGCAGCAGCAGCAGUGGCUGGCUCUAGUAGAACUACGGAAGCUGCUGGAGGACCCCACACGGAGUAUAUCCGCAUGCGAGAUCAUCAGCACCCAGCUUGCAGAGUCACUCUGUUGUUACCUUCUGGGCGCUAGCAGCAGCAGCAGCAGCAGCAGCAGCAGCGGCAGCAGCAGCAGCAGCAGCGUCGGGCACGGCGCUUGCUGCGGAGCCGGCUGCCGCUGCAGCUGCUGCUGGGAGAAGCAGGAACUCCGGCGGCGCGGGCUGCUUUUCUUGCGUGCCUUUCUUUUCCCCUUGACCGAGAGCCCACCUCAGCUGCAGCAGCAACAGCAGCAGCAGCAGCAGCAGCAGCAGGAGCAUGGGGUCCUAGACGGCGUUGAUUGGUCUGCUGCUUCUCCUGACUUGCUGCUGCGGCUGGCGAUGCUAGCAGCAAAAUGUCUAAGCCGAGUGGAGCAGUUUCCUGUGCUGCAGCAGCAGCUACCUGCUCAGCAGAAACAGCAGCAACAGAAGCAGAAGCAGCACGCACCCCAGGCAGGUCUUCAAGGAGGCGCUUCCGCAGCCGCACCGGCGGGAGCUGCCGCUCUCCUGCGCAAGUUGCUGCUGAUGCUGCACCAGCAGCAUCAGAAGCAGCAGCAGCAGCAGCAGCAGCAGCAGCAGCGGCUACAACAGCUGCACCAGCUGCAACAGCUGCAGCACCUGCAGCAGCGGCAGCACCUGCAACAGAUGCUGAACCUGCAACAGCUGCAGCAGCUGCAGCACCUGAAGCACCUGCAGCACCUGCAGCAGCAGGGGCGACGGGAACACAAGCUGGAGCUGCAGCAAGAAAGAGAGAAACAGCAGCAACUCCGCACGGCUACAACAGCUGCACCAGCUGCAGCAGCUGCAGCACCUGCAGCAGCUGCAGCACCUGCAACAGAUGCUGAGCCUGCAACAGCUGCAGCAGCUGCAGCACCUGAAGCACCUGCAGCACCAACAGCAGCAGGGGCGACGGGAACACAAGCUGGAGCUGCAGCAAGAAAGAGAGAAACAGCAGCAACUCCGCAGCGGGGUACUCGUGGUACGCGUUCCAAGGCAGCAGGUGCUGCUGCAGCAGCAACAGCAAAAGCCAGCACAGGGAGCAGCACCAACAGUAGCAGCAACAACACUAGCAGUAGCAGCAACAACAGCGGUAGCAGCAGCAACAACAGUAGCAGCAACAGCAGUAGCACAGGCGCAAACAACAGUGGCUGCUUGAUAAAGCGACGCAGAGGGCAACCAGGCAGCAGCAGCAGCAGCAGCAGCAACGCGCCUCAACCUUCUGCUGCCUCCGGAGGGGCAGCAGCAGCAGCAGCAGGAGACAGCAGCAACAGAGACGGGACCCGCCGGGGGCGGGGAACAGUUCCCACGAGGGUUGCACCAGAUGCUGCUGCAUUGGCAGCAGCAGAGCGGCUGCUGCUGCAGCGCAGCGGCUACAGCAGCAGCAGCAACACCAGCCACACUGCAGCAAUCGCCGGACUGACGCCGAUGCUGCAGCUGCAUACAGCAGCAGCAGCAACACCAGCCACACUGCAGCAAUCGCCGGACUGA